CAUGGUUAUGUCGCUCAGAGUGUGCGAGGUGAUUUGAGCAAGUUGCGUUGGGUUGAAGGCCCGAUAUCUCCUGAUUACAAACAAGAAAAUCUCGUACGUGUAGUUUACGCAUCACUUAAUUUCAAGGAUAUUGUGAUAGCUACCGGUAGAAUUUCUUUAGAGAUUUUUGGAAACGCAAGAAAUAUCGAUUCUUUCUUAGGAUGUGAAUUUGUCGGGUACAAUGCAGCUGGUAAAAGAAUAAUGGGAAUAUCUACUGUAAGAGGAAUCACAAAUCUUAUUGUGGCUGAUCCACAACUUUGUUGGAUCAUUCCUGACAAAUGGACGUUUGAGGAUGCUGCAACUGUCCCAAUUGCUUAUUGUACGAGUUAUUAUGCUUUGUACACACGUGGAAAAUUAAAGAAAGGAGAUAAAAUUCUUAUACAUUCUGGAACUGGUGCCGUUGGGCAAUCUGCAAUUUAUCUCGCGCUUUUUGAAGGAUGUGAAGUUUUUACAACUGUAGGAACACCUGAAAAACGCAACUUUAUAAGAGGAAAGUUUCCUUCUAUACCUGAAGAUCAUAUAGGAAAUUCUCGAGACACCAGCUUCGAACAAAUGAUUAGUCAACAAACAAAAGGUCGAGGUGUGGACAUCGUGCUAAAUUCUUUAGCAGAAGACAAACUGCAAGCAUCUAUUCGGUGUUUGGCAAGAGGUGGUCGAUUUUUGGAAAUUGGAAAGUAUGAUUUACUAUCUAACAAUACUAUAAAUUUAAAAGAAUUUUCAAAAGGUAUUAGUUUUUAUGGAGUUAUGUUAGAUAAAAUAUUUAUUAGUACUGAUGUAACAAGAAAAAUAAAUAUUCGUAACUCGAUAACCAAUAUGAUUCAGCGUGGAGCGAUCGUACCACUUGUAAGAGAAGUUUUUGAACAACAUGAGGUAGAAACCGCUUUUAAACAUAUGGCAGCUGCAAAACAUAUAGGAAAAGUAAUCAUAAAAGUACGUACAAAAAAGGAAGAUGUGGACGCUCCUAUUCUCGCGUAUCCUCAAUAUUUCUGUCAUGAACAUAAAUCUUAUAUUAUUUUGGGCGGUUUAGGCGGUUUUGGCCUGGAGUUAACUGACUGGUUGAUUCUUCGUGGCGCUCGAAAAAUUAUACUCAUUUCACGAAAUGGUAUAAAGAACGGUUAUCAACACUCAAGAGUAGAGUUAUGGAAAUCGUAUGGAGUAAAUGUGCAAAUAAUGACAGGUUUUGACGCAUCUACUCAUGAAGAUUGUGCUUCCAUUUUACAUUCUGCCAACGAAUUAGGACCAGUAGAUGCUAUAUUUAAUCUCGCAGUUGUGCUAAAAGAUAAUAUUUUCACGAAUCAAACUCCGGAAACAUUUGAAGAAACAUUUCAGUCNAAAGCUCUAGCUACAAAGCAACUGGACGAUUUGUCUAGAAAAAUGUGUCCUCAUCUGCGACAUUUUGUGGUAUUUUCAUCUGUUUCUUGUGGAAAGGGAAAUCCUGGACAAACUAACUACGGUAUGGCCAAUUCGAUAAUGGAAAGAAUCUGCGAAAAAAGAGCGCAAGAUGGAUUACCUGGCAUGGCUAUUCAGUGGGGUGCGAUAGGUGACGUCGGUCUUGUCGCUGACAUGCAACAAAACAAUAAAGAACUAGUUAUCAGUGGAACAUUGCAACAACGAAUAUCAUCUUGUUUAGAAUCACUAAACACUUUCUUAAUGCAGAAUCGACCGAUUGUAAGCAGUAUGAUUGUAGCUACAAAAUCGAAAAUUUCUGGUGAUAUUCUGCAUGUUGUGAUGAACAUUAUGGGAUUAAAAACUUUAAAAGGAGUUGGAGAACAUGUACUCUUGUCUGAACUUGGUAUGGAUUCUAUGAUGAGUUUAGAAAUUAAGCAAACAGUAGAAAGAGAAUUCAGUGUCUUUUUCACAAUCCAACAACUUCGCACUCUCACAUUUGCUAAGCUCAAAGAAAUAGCUAAAAAAGAUAUGUACGACCAAAAGAAUAUUGAAACACAACUUGACACGAAUAACUCGCAACAUAUAAAAGUCUUUAAUCUUUUCCGGUUAAUAUCUGACUUAGAUAUAUUUUCAAACAUUUGUAUAGAGCUCUCUACACAAGGAGAAGUAGAUAGAAACCAAGUAUUUCUUUUGCCAGGAAUUGAAGGAUUUGCUAACGUAUACACCUCAAUAGCUUCAAAAAUUAAAGCUCCUGCAAUAUGCUUACAACAUAGUUCUAAUUAUCUUCCUGAAUCUGCUCACUCUGCAGUACACUCAGCCACUGAUCUUCUACCUCAUAUAUUAUCAAAACUAACAGAUUCUACAGAAUUUGUAAUUGGCGCAUAUUCAUAUGGAUCUCUUAUUGCUAUUGAAAUGGUAAAACAAUUAGAAGCUAAAAACUUUCGAGGACGAUUAGUCGAGUAUUAAUAGAUAAUAAAUAAGACGAUUAUUAGAGUAUUAAUAGACGGAGCUCCCAAGUACUUAAGAAACUUACAGGAAACAUUUUUCCCUUUUACUAAUAAUCAAGAAUUUCAACUUAUUGUGUUAAGGCAAUUAAUGGAUGUGUUUAAUAUACCUGUAUCAGAAGUGAUUAUAUCAGAAAUGAGUAAAUAUGUUACCUGGGAAGAAAAACUAAAUAUUUUAAUCAAAAAUAAGUCUGAAAUAGCCAAUACGAUUUCUACUGAUUCUAUUAAAAUAUUUUGUACAACAAUUUACAAACAUUUAAUUGCUAUUCGAGAAUAUGAUAUGUCUUCAUUGGUUUCAAUCCGGUCACCUAUAAUAUUAUUGAAAGCAACAAAUUCAUUACUUCCUUCGAUAGAAGAAGAUUUCGGUUUAAAUAAGAUAAGCAAAAAUGUACAAAUUCACUACGUAGAUAGCAAUCAUAUAUCAAUAAUUAACACUGAACUGGUUGCAGCUGCUAUUAAUGGAAACAUAAAACAAGAGCAAUAAAUAGUUUGUCGUCGAGAAAAAUAACAAGAGAAUGUAAAAGCAUUACAUAAGUAAUUUGCUGUCAAUUUAACAAAAACAAACAAAUUAUCUGGAAAAGAGAUGCCAAAUUUCUGGAAGAGUGCGCGAUUUAAAAAACAUUUAUACAACAUGUGUCUUAAUAUACAUGAAUCUAAUAAUGACUAUUUAGUGGAAACUAUGACUCUACUAAUCUCAACAUUAUUGUAACGAUAUCAAAAUUGAUUUAAUUUAACUUUGCGAACUCAAGCAUAUAAAAAAUAGGUAAAUCUUUUAAAAACAGACAAUUGUUUUCAGGAAAUUUUUUGUUUUCUGUAAAUUGACAGCAAAUUAUUAUUAUUGCUUUUUCCUUGCUGUUGUUUUGAAUACACACUACGGGUUGUGAGUUGUGACUAAAAAAUAUGGAGUGUGAUUUAAAAAACUACUUUUUGUAAA